AUGGUUCGCCUAAAAAACCGUUACAUAGUAAUUGAAGUAAACCCAAGGGAUCAAAAUGAAACCGAUACACUCCAUCCCUUCAAACUUUCUCAAACUGCCCUAAACCAAACUGUACAAGGUAAAGUUGACCAACUACACGGGGAUUUUGGAGCGGCCGCAAUACUAGCAGGAUUUAGUGCCAAAUAUGUAAAUCCUUAUACCAGAAUUGGUAUUAUUAGAUGCAGGAGCGGGCCUCAUAAGUUAAUUACCAGUACGAUACCCUUUAUUACCCAAGUUGACUCAUGCCAAGUCAGUGUUAAUAUUUUAUAUGUUGGGGCUACCAUUAAGAAAUGUUUCAAUUUUGUUAAGUUGCAUCAGCAAAGAAAGUCAGAUGAGUAUUGUAUAAAGUUGGAGUCUGAUGAGGCUAAGAAGAGUUUGAAAGAAGCUUUGAUGAACUUUGGAUCUAUGUAG